UUCUUAUGCAGGGAUUACACUUUCUUUUAAGCCAUUUGGAAAGAAAAACUUUACUGAAACUUCACGUUUCUCAGAGAUGACCGAGGAAAACUCCACCGACUACUCGUGCAGCCCUGCGGGCAGUGAUUGCUGUCGAUCCGACUCGGAGUCACCGUCUUCUCCCCAAGCCUCGCGCCCGGCCGAGAGCGCCCGAGGAGGGGGUGCAGGCGAGGAGAAUGGUCGCUACCCUGCUCGCAUCCAAGACGCCGUAUCUCAGGUGCUGAGGUGCUACGACUGGUCGCUGUCGCCGGCUCCAGGUCCGGACGAGAUGAGUCUGAAGAGAAAGGCGCACGUGAAGCGGCCGAUGAACGCCUUCAUGGUUUGGGCUCAGGCGGCCCGGAAGAGGCUGGCGCACCAGUACCCGCAUCUGCACAACGCCGAACUCAGCAGGACGCUUGGUAAACUGUGGAGGCUUCUCUCUGAGACCGAGAAGCGACCCUUUGUUGAUGAGGCAGAGCGUCUGAGGCUGCAGCAUAAGAAGCAUUACCCAGACUACAAGUACCAGCCACGCAGACGGAAAAACACCAAACCUGAGCAGACCCACUCCAGAUCUGGCUCCAUCCAGCUGCAGGCAAAGCUCCAUGCACCUCUGACUCCCCCCAUAACUCCAAAAACAGACCCUCACAUGAGCACCAGGUUUUCGGAUUCCAGUCGCCACAACAUCGACUUCAGCAAAGUGGACUUCUCUGAGUACGGCGGUGAUGUCAUCAGCUCCAUGGAGGGGUUUGACAUCAAUGAGUUUGAUCAGUAUCUGCCUGAUAACUAUAAGAGCACGUGUGGAUCCUUCAUCCUGCUCAGCCUGCAGUCCAACAGCACCUGGACCAGCAAAACUGAGAACACGCUUGCAGCUAGCUCCAAAAUCACAGACGCAAAUGAGGAGUGCAGACCAUCUCUUCACAUUAAAACAGAGCAGAUGAGUCGGUGCUCCAGUCCAACGGCUCCCGAGUUCGCUUGCCUCAUCAGCCAGUCCGGGAAUGACCUACAGAACUCUGGUUUCCUGAGACCUUUGCCGGCCCACUCCACCAACGUGUGUCAGCACCUGCAGUCCUCCUGCAAGCCUCUUAUCAGCAGUCUGGCCUUGGCGCCACCUCCUCACAAUUCUGCUUCUGCCUAUGAGCAAGCAGCACUCUCACCAGGGACACAGUGAAAUACUCAAACUUCUCCAACAGGAGGCAGUCUGCUGUAGGAACAAGCGGCAAAGGACAACAUUGUGCCAUAUCAACCAAUAUAUUCGAUGUUUUUUGGCAUUUCACCCCACAAAAUGUACGUUAACAUUUGUCAAUGCCUAGGGCAACAAUCUAAACACUCAUACUCGUUUGUGUAGGACAUUUCUCAGGUUAGUGAAGCACUUUACAUUGGUGUUUUAAAUAAGGGCAAAGGUCUGACGAAAAUGUCAAAUGUGAGUUCAUCAUCGCAAUACUAAUUUUGACUGGUGAGCUUGGCGAGGCUGAAUUUAGGGGAAAUAGCGACAUCUGCUGAACACUCGACACGAUAUUGAAGGCUCAUUAAAUUAGAACGUUAAUGUCCACUUCCAUUUUUUUUUACAAUUUACAAGUUACAAUUAUUGGAAUAUAAACAGCUUGAAAUGACUGGCCUUUUUUAAAGUGAUACACCAGAGUUCAGAAAUUCACUUAUAUAUAGUGAUUCCUGAAUAGUCUAAAUUUAACUUACAUCAUGCCGCUAAAAUACUAAAUAACAGGGAAAUAAA